AUAAAGACAACACCCACCUCGUUGAUUUCCCAUCUUGCCCCACGUUUAUGCCUCUUUCACUCUCUCUGGGAGAGAUAUUUAAAGGGCUGUGUUGUGUUGAUUUCUACAUAUUUCAAGGAUGUUUCUUUCAGAAGGUCACAAGCAUCAAGUUGUUUUCAGUUUAUGGUUUUGUUUCUAUUUGGUGCUUAUUGCUGCACAGGAUAAUAUCACUGACCCUACCGAAGUUGAAGCAUUAAAAGCCAUAAAAGAAAGGUUGAUUGAUCCUAAUGGAAAUUUGAGCAAUUGGAUACGCGGAGACCCAUGUACAUCUCGCUGGACAGGAGUUUUAUGUUUCAAUGAAACAUUAAUUGAUGGCUAUUUACACGUUCAAGAAUUGCAACUAAUGAAUUUGAGCUUGUCCGAAAAUUUGGCACCAGAAAUUGGCAGCUUAGCUUAUAUGGAAAGAUUGAACUUCAUGUGGAACAAAAUAACUGGGAGUAUUCCAAAGGAAAUUGGCAAUAUCAAAUCUUUAGUCCUCUUGCUAUUAAGUGGAAAUCUAUUAACAGGGUCACUGCCAGAUGAGCUUGGCUUUCUUUCGAACCUUGAUAGAAUAAAAUUCGAUCAAAAUCAUAUAUCAGGACCUCUACCAACAUCAUUCGCAAACCUGAACAAGACAAAGCAUUUUCACAUGAACAAUAAUUCAAUUAGCGGGAAAAUCCCUCCAGAACUCUGGCGAUUACCAAAGCUUGCUCACUUCCUUCUUGACAACAACAAUUUAUCAGGAUAUCUUCCUCCUGAGCUUUCCAAACUUCCAACCAUAACCUGCAAAAAAACCAGUAAGCAACAUCAGGUAGCAGACCUAAUUUGUAACAGUAAGGCAAGAUGA